CAGAGAAUGAAAGAGUGAGCGAGAGAGCGAAUGUUUACAUUUUUUGCCGGUCAAACAGGAAAUUUCACGAAACGCGCGAACAGCGGGAUCCUGCGGCGCUGGAAGUGUGUUUCCUUAAUUUUCCGGUAAAAGGCAUCCACCCGGCCUCACGAUGGGAGUUUUGGGUUUGUGGAAGCUGAUCGAGCAAUCCGGCAAACCGGUGCCGUUAGAAACACUGGAAAACAAGGUGCUGGCUGUGGGUAAGUUCCGUGUUCCGAGACCGAUUUGCGUUUCUCCGCCGAUUAAUUCGCCCUUAUUGUUGCUUGCAGAUGUGUCGAUUUGGUUGCACCAGGUAAUUAAAGGGUUCCAGGAUUCGAAAGGUAGUGCACUGCCGAAUGCGCACGUUCUGGGUUUGUUCCAUCGGCUGUGCAAGCUGAUGUUCUAUCGUAUAAAGCCGAUUUUUGUGUUCGACGGAGGUGUACCGAUGUUGAAGAAGCAAACGAUCGCCAAGCGAAAUCAAAGCCGCAAUAACUACCAGAAUGAAGCGGAUCGCAUACAGCAACUGCUGCUGGAGACACUCGCCAAAGAGAAGGUGGUGCAGCAGGCGCUUGGUUCAGCCACGAAUAUCCUGAUAACACCUUCAAAGAAACCACUACCAGCCAUUAGUGGCAGUGGUAGUAAACAGCAGCAAGAAGAGGAACCAGAUGCGAUGUUCAAACUUCCGCCGAUGAAGCUUCCCGAAGAACCGAUCGACUUAGACAAGAGCGACAGUUCGAUGGAUGAAAAGGCUUCACGGAACUACUAUCACCUCAACCUGAACGCCAUCGACGUUACGAGCGUUUACUUCAAAAAUCUGCCCGCUGACGUGCGGCAUGAAAUACUGAAUGAUAUCAAAGAAACUCGCAAACAGUCAUCCUGGGGCCGGCUACAUGAACUUCCCGUCCAGAGUGAUUCGUUUUCCUCGUUCCAAAUGUCCCGCCUGCUCAAGCGCCGACAGGUGCAGGUUGAACUGGAGGAAGCAGAAAAAGAGAUGGGCGGAAAGUGUCUGUCGCUGGCCGAACUGGAAUCAUUGCUCAACGAGGAAGGAGUUGAAACAUCAUCGAGCCGAGCAGCACAGCAGAUCGCUUCGGACGAGAACACGCGCUUUCUGUUGGUGCGUGAUGUUCAGAAAGCCAUUGAGAAGGCAAAGGCUCGCGAAGAGGAGGAGAAAAAUGCCCCGAAACCUCCCAAAGUGCCGAAACUGGUGCGCAAAUCCAGUAGCACUCAGCUCGAUGAUGAUAAGGAAAUGGACGAAGAGUUACAGAUGGCGAUAAAAAUGUCGCUUAUGCAGGACGAAAACCCUACUGCCGUGAUCGAGCUCGACGAUGAAGAUGUACGAAUGUCGCGGCAACAGAAACAAGUACUGGGAAGUGCAGCCCGAAGUCUUGCCCGGGGGUUUAUGCUCGAGUACGGUGGGCUUACGAACGAAGAGUUUAACGAGCUACUGCACCAGACGCAGGACGUUGACUGCGGUGAUGUGAACGAUUCAAUGCCACAAAUGUUUGUUUAUAACGAUAUUUCCGUUGUAGAACCGGGCAUAUCGGCUAAAUCCAUCGAAGAGAAAGAACCUAAGAAGCAUCCAACUGCGAGUGAGCCAAUUGCAAUGGCAGAUAAAAGCAAUAGUGAGUCGGAGACGGAGUCUGACUCCGAUUUCAUUGAUGUUCCGUCCGAUAUAUCAAACGAUUCGGCCAUCGGCGUAUCAUUGCCGUUGAAUAAAACGAAUCAUCAGAAGCCACACUUCAAUCCCAUCGUAGAUCUCACGAUCGAUGAUCUAGCCAAGUAUGGGAAGGGUGGCAAAAACGAACAAAGCAAAAGUUCGAAGCAAGUGGUGGAGGUGAUCAUCAAAAAGGAAGAGAUAGGAGUUUGUGAUGCGGAUGACAUCUUUGCAGAUGUAUUCAUGGAAGAUAAACCCGCAAACAUUGAGGUAAAAAUUAGCAAGCCAACACCUCCCAUGGCAUCUAUUCCGUUGGAGCUUAUUGAAGGGGUAAUCGAAGAUCGAAAAGAUAAUCCUGCAGAUUUACCGAUUGUGGUAAAGCCAAUGGUUGGGCUAAAAAUUAAGAAGGUUGAUGAUAUUAACGCCCAGCUUAAGGAGCAGCUAGAACAGCUACGUAAAGCACCUCCGGUAUUGGAUCUCGAAGGCAUAGUUCCAGUCUCUAUAGAGGCGUCGCCGGGUCCUUCGACAGUCGUUAAAGUAACUACAGUUUUAUCGGAGCCUGCAACGGAUUUAAAGACCAUUCACGAAACUUUGAAGCAACAGCUGGCAGAAUUGAAAACAAGUGCUAUCACUUUAGAUUUAAAUGCAGUUGAUAUGGUAACACCAGUAAAAGAUAAACAGGCUGCAACAGAGGAUGAGGUGGAUAGUGAUGCAACGAUCAUAUGUGAAGCGGAUUCCCCUACCGCUACGAUACUGUCUUCCACAAAACCGAUUAAAGAAGGGUCCACCGAAAACCUGAACAGUGAUAUUGCAACACCUAAGAUGGAUGAUGAGGUUGCAAUUCUAUCGCAAAAGCCAACAGUGAUAGAAAUUUUGGACAGUCCGACGAAGAAAGGAACCCUUGAGCAUUUGAUCAUUGCGCGCACUCCUGGCAAAGACUCGGAAAAGAAGCAACUGGCCGAGAAAGAAGAGGAUAUACCGAACGUGGCAAAGCCCUUCUUCGUCAACAAAACGCCUCCAUCUUCCAAAAAAGUUUCUUCAAGUGAAGCUGCCUCCGAUGGUACUUCCGCCGGCAGCAGUGUUGUGAAGCAAUUAUUCCCGAAUAUCGUUGAAAGUGAAGCGAUACCAUCCACCAGUAAAGGUCUAGUGCCUGCGAAACCACCCGUUAGCGCCGACACACUGAUCAACGAAAUGGCCAGUAAUCUGAAAGAUUCCCGCACUCCGUUAGAACUAAAACAGAUGGCACUCGAUCUGGCUCAAAAUGAACGGGAGCUCGAGAGGGAAAAGAACAAACAGAACCGCCUGGGCGUUUCGAUUACCGACCAGAUGCGGAAUGAUUGCAUGGAACUGCUGCAGCUCUUUGGCGUACCGUACAUCGUGGCACCGAUGGAAGCGGAAGCACAGUGUGCGUUCUUGAAUCAAAUUGAGAUUACUGAUGGUACCAUCACCGAUGACAGUGAUAUCUGGCUGUUUGGUGGCCAAAAGGUUUACAAAAACUUUUUCAACCAACAAAAGCUGGUGCUGGAGUUUACGAUAGAGGGUAUCGAGCAAGCGUUUCAGAUGGACCGGAAGAAGCUCAUUCAGUUGGCCCUGCUAGUGGGUAGUGAUUAUACAACCGGCAUCCACGGUAUCGGUGCAGUGACGGCGCUUGAGAUAUUGGCUUCGUUUCCACCGACGCCGGAACAGCCUGGCGAAACAUCGGAGCUGAUGUCGAUGCUUUCGGGGUUGCGAAAGUUUCGCGACUGGUGGCAGCAUAGCCGUAACGGCGCAGCUACCACUGGGACACGCAUUGCUUUGAAAUCAAAGUUGAAAAACAUUGACAUCGGAGAGGGUUUCCCUAAUUCUGGCGUUGUAGAAGCUUAUCUAAAACCGACGGUCGAUUGUAGCGAAGAAGAGUUCACCUGGGGCUACCCUGAUGCGGAUCGGUUGCGGGAUUACGCUCGUCAAAAAUUUGGCUGGACUCGCUCAAAAACGGACGACAUAUUGCUGCCGGUCCUGAAGCGAUUGGAUGAACGUAAAUCGCAGGCAUCGAUAAAGAACUACUUCAAGGUCCAGAGUGCCGUCGCGCAAAGCAGGGUAAAGGUUAGCAAACGGGUACAGUACGCGGUGGACACGAUGGCAGGAAAGAUCGAUCCUGGGGUGGAUGAAUCAAAAACAGCGAAAAAGAAAAGUCCUGCGAAGAAAGGUGGCCGCAAAAAGAAGCCAGAUACACAAACAUCUGCUACAACAGCUGAUUCUGUUGAAACAGUCGUCUUGGGAUCUCAAGAGGUCACUGGUAUGACAGAAGCAGCCUCCGCCGAUACGGAUGAUGAUUUUGUGGAGAGCAAACCGAAGAAAAAACCAACUGGCCGUAAGAAGGGUGCUGCUGGUAGUACUUCUGGACCAGCAAACGAUGGUCAAAAACCAAAGCGAGGCCGUAAGAAAGCCGUUGAGCCACCACAAUCAGCCGAAUCCGCCACAAAACCCUCUGAAGAUACGUUGGCCGGGCCAAAGCAUUCGCUAGCCAACAUUGGUGGAAUAAUUGCCAACAUCAACAGCCAAUCGGCCAACAGUUUGAAUGAAGAGACCGCGGCAACUGGCCGUGCAAGGCGCGGUGGAAAUAAGAUACCCGAUUUUAAUCCUGCCAUUCCGCAGCGUGUCAAAGACGAGCAGGAGAUGGCCGAUCGGAAACAGAAAGCGGCCGAGUUGUUUAAGAAGCUGCGAGCGGAAGGAACUACGAAAGGUAGGAAAAAGGGUGGGUAAAGAAAAUGUCCACGUUUCCAUUGUCUUUACAAUAAGCUUGUGUUACUCUUGAUGAACAUCGAAUUGAUCGUUUUUUUAAUUAUUCAAAAUGUUUCUAAAAUGUUUAUUGAAUAAAUUAGUUUCGAAGUACAAAACA